GACGACGCUAAUUUUUCGUGUGGCUUUCAAGAGGAGGAAGGUGGAGAUUGAAUAGAUAUGACGGAAAAGCCUUUAGGUAUCGUGGUUGUUGGAUUGGGAAUCGCUGGAAAAGUCAGAGUAAGAGAUUUGAAGCAGAACGUUUUAGGAGACAGUGUUGUUCUUCGUGGAGUGAUAUCCAGGAGGCAAGUAGAAGAUGAUCUACCUGUUCUAGACUGGGACGAAGCCUUGACAAGAGAUGAUGUGGAUGCUUUUGUCAUUUGUACAGAAAAUGACACCCAUGAAGAGUAUGCCAGAAAAAUCCUAGAACAUGGAAAGCAUGUUUUAGUGGAUUUUCCUCUAUGUUUGACAGCGGAGGGUGGUAAAAAGAUCUUUAAUUUAGCAGAAAGUAAAGGGUUGACCUGUCAUGUUGAAGACAUAGCUCUUCUUCUUGAUUCCCACAAGGAUAUGAAGCACGCUAUUCAAAACAAAAAUGUUCCUUUUAUUGAGGGUACCAUUCGUCUAGAUGCCAGAUUUCUCAAGGAGUGGAUCGCUGACAUAAGGCGAGCUGGGUUUCCAAGUUUCUCUGGAAUUUCACAAUUGGAGAUUUUGUAUGAUUUGUUUGGUGAGCUAUCAUUACAAGAAGCUCACUUUGAACAUGAAACUGAUCUUCAUCGCCUUACUUGUAAAUUACACACCUUAGACAACAGGCCAUUAACUUGGAUAAUUGAACGAGUACGUGGUGGGAAACCAAGGCAAGCAUCCCAGGAGUAUAAAUUUGAAGAUGGUACUACUGUGACACCAGCGCCUGUUUCCAAACCCCCUGGUCCACCUCCCCCUGGCCACAAGGGACUGUUUGCAAGGGAUCUAGAGAUAUUUCUCUCUGAGGUACGGGGGGAGCGCAGCUCUGAUGAAAUUGCUCAAGACAAGAAACGAGUGCUUUACUGCCUCGAGUUGGCAGAAAAGAUUGAAACAAUGGCCAAAACUGGAACCUGUUCUUAGUACAUAACUCCAAAUACUGAUAGUAUCACUAGUAACCCCAAAAAAGGGUUAUCAAUGAAAAUAGCUUUCAUAGAACUUCAAAGAAGCUAGUGAAGGAUUGUUGCAAUAAAAUGUAACGUCUUUUAUUUAGAAGCGA